AUGAAUGCAACCCAGGGCAAGUACCUGCGGUACAUCCUCUUUGCAAUCUUGGCAGGCGAUCUUGGACUAUCCUACCCCAAAACGGGCGAACAAAGCGCCUCGGCUCCGGCAGGUGCCCCUCCUGCUGUUCCUCCUUCACCCCAAGAACCUCCCAAGCAACAACCUCCAAAGCAACAGCCUCCCAAGCAAGACGAUCCCAAGCCAGCCACUCCAAAUCCACCUGUAGCGAACCCGCCAGUGCCAGCCUACGAAAGAGUGAAUGCAACCUUCGUGACAUUGGCACGAAACUCGGAUAUAUGGGAAAUUGCAAAGUCCAUUCGCCAGGUGGAAGACCGUUUCAACAAAGACUACCAUUAUGACUGGGUAUUCUUAAACGAUGCCGAAUUCUCAGAGGAGUUCAAGAAGUUCACGACCAAGCUGGUAUCCGGAAAGACCCACUAUGGUCUCAUUCCAAAGGAGCAUUGGUCAUACCCAGACUGGAUCGACCAGAACAAGGCUGCGGAAACCAGGAAGGCGAUGAAGGCUAAAGAAGUCAUUUACGGAGACUCUGAAAGCUACAGGCACAUGUGCCGCUAUGAGUCUGGAUUCUUUUUCCGACACGAACUCAUGCUUCAAUUUGACUACUAUUGGCGUGUAGAGCCCAGCAUAGAAUACUUCUGUGACAUUCAUUUCGACCCCUUCAAGUUCAUGAGGGACAAUAACAAGAAGUACAGCUUCGUCAUUAGUUUGCCAGAGUACCAAGCAACUAUCGAGACCCUCUGGAAGACUUCCAAGAAAUUCAUCGACCAGUUCCCAGAGCACAUCGCAGAGGAUAACAACUUGGAUUUCAUAAGCAAUGACGGUGGCAAUUCUUAUAAUCUGUGCCAUUUCUGGUCUAACUUUGAAGUCGGUGAUUUGAAUUUCUUCCGCUCGCAAAAGUACCUUGAUUUCUUCAAUCUUCUGGAUCAGGAGGGUGGCUUUUUCUACGAAAGAUGGGGUGAUGCCCCUGUCCACUCCAUCGCCGUCGCCCUGAUGUUACGUAAGGACGAGGUACAGUUCUUCAACGAUAUCGCAUAUAGACAUGUACCAUUCGUCCACUGUCCAACCGGAGAGCAAACCAGACUAGAUCUGAAAUGCCAUUGUAAUCCAGCGGAUAACUUCGAUUGGAAGGGUUAUUCAUGCACGUCUCGUUUCUUUGAUGUGAACAAGUUGAAGAAACCUGCCGGCUGGGAGCUUGAGAGAAACUGA